AUGUCAGCAACCAAGAAGCGCACGAUAGAGGCCUUCUUCGGGACGCCAAAGCCUAGCAUCGCCGGAGCCUCCACCACCCCCACGAAGAAGCCGCGCGCCUCGCCAGCCACGGCUGCAGACGGUCGCGGUCACGGGGUGAUAAAGAGCGAGAACCUAGAGGACGAGGCAGAUCAUUACAGUAGACACCCCACGUACCCCUUUCCCAUCGCGCACCUGCCGGCCGCCCUAUCAGGUGAGGUUCCAUCUCUGCCGUCCAGCAUCGGGAGGUCCAUGACCGACCAGCCGGACCUAGAUCUGCUGUAUUUCGAGCCGUACAUCCCGCGCUCGUCCGCCCGGCAGCUCUUUGAAUUCCUUCGGGCCAGCCUGCCCUUCUACCGCGUCGAAUACGACAUCAACCGGGGAGGCAUCUCGACGCACAUCCGCACACCACGCUGGACGACCGUGUUUGGUCUCGACGAGACCGGCCGCUUCGUGCCCUCCUCUUCUUCUCCCUCUUCUAUCACAACCACCAGCGAAACCUCUGGAAACAGCGGGGCCACAGACGUAAUAGACGCCAAGACGUCCGGAAAGAUCGUAGGAGAUCGGUACUACGACAGGUACCCACCGCGUCCCAUCCCGCAAUGUCUCGAUGAGCUGCGCAAGAGCUGCGAGGCAGCGACGGGCUGCGAGUUCAACUUCUGCCUCGUGAACUACUAUGCCAGCGGGAGCGACAGCAUAUCGUUCCACAGCGACGACGAGCGGUUUUUGGGUCCGCUGCCCGCGAUUGCGAGCUUCUCGCUCGGCGCCCGACGGGAUUUCAUGAUGAAGCACAAGCCGCCGCCGAAGAGUGUUGCGCAGAAACCGGAGAGUGGAGGGGGAGAAGAUGGGACGGAGUCGAAGCCCAUCAAGUUGCCGCUAGGUAGUGGUGACAUGAUCUUGAUGCGUGGCACGACUCAGGCGAAUUGGCUGCACUCGUUACCCAAGCGCACAGGGAAGAAUGCCGAGGACGGUGGGAGGAUUAAUAUCACGUUUCGCCGUGCGAUGGUGAAAGAGGGGACGGAGAAUUAUUAUAACUAUAACGUGGGUACGGGCCCGGUAUAUCGGUGGGAUGCCAUAAAUCGGGAGAUGAGGAUAUGGGAGAAACCAACGUCUUGA